AUGCAGGGAAGUAGGGGAAAGGAGACUAAGUGGGUAGGGUCUAAGGCUAGAGAUGUAGAGGGGUACAAGUUAUGGUACUCUGGUAGCGAGAGGCGUAGGAAUAGAGUUGGCAUCUUAGCGGAUGAAGAGCAUAGAGGGCAGGUAUUGGAGGUUAGAAGGAUCAGUGAUAGGUUGAUAACUGUUAAGUUAGUCAUUGGGUGGUUUACCCUGAACGUGUGUAGUGUUUAUGCACUGCAAGUGGGCUUGGACGGGAAGGAAAAGAUGUGGCUUUGGGAGGCUUUGGAUGAGGUGGUGAGAGGAGUGCCUAGUUUUGAGAAGAUUGUUAUAGCAGGGAUAUUCAAUGGGCACAUUAGGGUAUUUUUGAGAGGCUUUAGUGAUGUGCAUGGUGGUUUUGGUUUUAGGGAGAGGAAUGAAGAGGGAUCUGAUCCAUUGGAUUUUAUGAGGAAAGGGGAUAGGGUGUUGUGUAAGAACUGUAAAGUCAUUUCAAGUGAGAAUCUUUCGACUCAACAUAGGCUUUUGAUAAUGGACCUGGGUAUUAAGAAAGAUAAGAAGAGAAGGCAUGAGCAGGGUAGACCUAGUAUUAAGUGGGGCGGCUUAAUGCCGAUUACUGCACAGGAGAUAGAGAAGAAGGUGGAGGGAAUAGGGGGGGAUUGGUGGUGGAAUGAACAAGUUAAAAAGAAAGUAGAGACGAAGAAGAGGGUGUAUACAAAUUUGAUUGAGAGUAAAAAUGAAGAGGAGAAGCGGGCUAAUAGGGAGGAGUACAAGAUAUCUAGGAAAGAGGCUAUGGUAGCAUUACGACAUCUAAGAAGGCAGCGUUCACGAGCUUGUAUGCAGGAGGAUAUAGCUCUUAUGUUAGGGGAGCUGGAGCACUCUGAGGAGUGUUGUGAUAUUAUUUAUUGUAAAAGAUUUAAGGUAGAGGAGGUCAGAGAGGUUAUUCACAAGAUGCGUAGGGGUAGCAUGACGGGGCCUGAUAAGAUUCCUGUGGAUUUUUGGAAGUUUUCUAGCGAGGCUGGCUUGAGAUAG